AUGACUACCACUCGCAGGGUUGUGUUUACUGUGCUUCUGUUGUUCCUUGCGUUACUUAUUACUGCAGGUCUCAUACUUAUUUUUGUCAGACCUUGGGCUAAGAAGAAGACCGAAGCUCCAGUCGGCAUCCCUGUUGAAGAACAUCCUAAAUUCAUCCAGGUAUUCACUUUACACGGCAGCGAGACCAAGACCAAUGACACCAGCAAAUACACUGUAAACAAACACACCGCUCUCAGCAGUGUGAUUUAUGAAUACUGCCUCAAGGACGACGCUCAGUGUACUCAGGUUAACUACGAGGACGCUGUGUUCUGGAAAUAUUCCGACAACACUAGUUAUGGAUACCCCAAACGCUUCAGCGUAAACGUUUCUGAGAAGAAGGGUUCAGUCACUUUCAAGGAUUACGUUUGUUAUUAUCGACUUGAGGGAUUGCAUUGGCAUCUUUACUUUACAGCUAAGAAGGAUUACUCAAUUGAUUCUGACAAUAACAAGAAAGAUACAGGUAGAAACUACUUCCUAAAGAAGGAGAGUGACUACAUUGGUCAUUCUUUCAACUCUGUCAGGGGUGGCGGUCCUGAUAGCGGCAUUGUGUAUAAAGAUGCUACAGUGGACAUAACCGUUGAGCAUAACACUGAUCAAUACGGGUACGAGGAACUGGAACCGGGGCAUGGCCAGGACGAUUGUAAAUUAUAUGUAAUGAAACACGGAUACAGGUGUAACAAAGUAAAUGACGGAUCGAUGUAUAACAUAUGGACCGCCAAGGGAGAUGAAAGGGUUACUGAAAUUCUUUUGUCUGAUAAAAGGAGCCCAAGAAAAAUAGUUGAAUUAGUUUUCACUGACUGUAGUAGAAAGUAUUUCUAUAAGCCAUUCGUUUUGUUACCGUGGCAACAAUUUACGCCAAAAUAA